AUCACACCGGCAAGUCUUGGUCGUCAGAAACGCUCAGGGUUGCAGCAGAACAUCCCCUUUCGUCUUAUCCCCUUCAUCGUUUCUCUGUUUUUUAAGAAAAAUCUCACGCAUCAUCCAUUUUCAUUCUCAUUCUUCCCGCUUUUUUCCGAACUGUAGUUGUUUAUUCGCGGCCAGUUGCAUGCAUUUUUCGUCUCCCAAAAUGGUUUGCGAGACUAAAAUUGUUGCGGACGAACACGAUGCUAUACCUGGGACCAAAAAAGAGUCGAUCAUGUGGAGCUCUCCUCCGUCCAGCGCGGCUCUGAACCCCGCCGAGGCCAAGGAUGUGAGGAAAGAUGCGGUUUUUAUCCGCGAGUUCGAGCGCGGGGAUCAAGAGGAGGUGCGCCGCAUCUUUUACGAGGGUAUUAUGGAGAGGAUACCCAACACGGCGUUUAGGGGGCUCAGGCAGCAGCCCAAGACCCAGUUUUUAUAUGCUCUUCUGACAGUAAUGUGCUUUUUCGUGACCAAAUCCGUCACGCUGACCUGCUGUGCACCCCUCAUUCUCAUGGGUGCGCGCUACUACUACAGCAAGAAAGUUAUCCAGAGUUAUUUGGACUGUGCUCUGCACACGGACAUGGCUGACAUAGAGGCUUAUUACAUGAAACCCACAGGCUCCUGUUUCUGGGUGGCAGUGCUCGACGGACGCGUGGUGGGCAUCGUGGCGGCGCAGGGCCGCGAGGAUGACAACACGGUCGAGCUGCGGCGCAUGUCGGUGGACUCUCGCUACCGCGGCAAGGGCAUCGCCAAGGCGCUGGGUCGUCGGGUUCUGGAGUUCGCGGUGCGCAACAACUACGCCGCUGUCGUGCUUGGCACGACGGCCGUCAAGUUGGCCGCCCACAAGCUGUACGAGUCGCUGGGCUUCCGCCGAACGGGCCAGAGCGAGGACUACAGGCUCCCCGGCAUGAGCCGCUCGCCGCUGGAGAGGCUCUUCUUCCAGAUCCGCUACAGCCGCUACCGCCUGCAGCUCCGUGAGGAGUGAGGGGUGACAGGGAGAGAGAGAGAUGGAGAGGGGGAGCUGGAGAAAGAGAGGGACAGAGAGAGAGAGAGCAACGACCCUUCUUCACCUGAGAGCCCCGACCGCACCCUCUCCUCUGACAGCUUUUAUUUAUUUUGUGUCAUUAGAGAUAACUUCAAGUACAACUUAACACUUCUACUAUUUCAUCUUUAAAGUCACUAACGUUUUUAUU